AUGCCAGUGAGCUCAGUGUUCGACUUCCAUGUCUUGCAUGUGGCACUUGCAGCACUAGCAACUGCGGUGGAGCACACAGGACCAGGACCUGCGCCCCCAUCACACGCCGCCCUGUUGAGACAGGAGCCGUCUGCAGAUGACAAAGCCUUCCUGGAGCUUCCAGCCAACCCGAAUGGAGGCUAUCAGAUGGGCCCGAUGGGUCCUCCACCUCCGAUCGCCAUGAGUCCUAUGGGUGGAGUACCUGGAGGUGGUCCUGUUUUGAUGCCUCCAUUGCCUCAAGGAGGCUAUGGACCUAUGCAGCCAGGCCCAGGCCCUGGCAUGCCGAUGGUUUCGUCUGGACUUGCAGGUCGUCAAGGCGGAAGCUUGGACACAGCUCCGGCCAUGCCUGGAGAUCCAUUUGCCGGAGCGGCCUGUGUGGUACCAAUGUGGAACAAGAAGGAGUUCCUUUGUGAAGAGCAUGUGGAGGUGCCGGAAGAUGAGACCUUUACCGACUUUAAUGACAUCAAGCGCAAGAAACUGCACGAUGGGUCAAGCUGCACCACCCAAUGCCCACACGCAAGAUGGUGGCAGGUUGCAACCCAGGAUGUUUUGACUUGCCGAGACGGUAGAUGGAGAGAUGACACUGGCCGCCCAGCGCAGGAGCUUGUUUGUGAUACCUCAAAUGUGUUCUACUUCACCACACUUUUAGUGAUCAUACUGAUUGCUUUGCUUUGCACCCCUGGUGGGCGAAAAUCCUUCCGCCAGGCCCGACAGGCAGGAACCACGGCAGCAGCACCGAAGAUGGAGCCAGGAGCUGAAAAGAAGGACGAGGAUGGAAAAAAGGCAGAAGAUAAGGAAGGAGAUGCCCAGGACAAACCAGAAGGGCCAAAGUGA